AGCUGCGCGACGACUGCCCAAAGGCGGAGAACGUGUUAGAUAGUGGUGAUGGGGAGUAGCGCCGCAAUGCGAAGCAUGUCGCUUGCCCGGUAGGAAGACGCUGCGCUCAAAGGCACGGCGAGCAGUGUGCGCUUGUGACUCUCGCGAACCAAGGCCCAACGUUGAGAUCGCGUACGGGGGGUCGGUGCGCUGUCGCUUGCGGACCGUCUGCCUGGAGGCAACGUGAAAUGGAGGUAUGUGCGCGUUCUCUUGUCGCCGGCAAUCUGACAUUCUCUAUCCCUUCGAUUACAAGAAGCCCGAGUCGUGUCCACACCAACGCCCACCAUGCUCACCCCGCAGCGCAACGUACGCGAACUCUCACACACGUGUCGCCACCUCAGUCAACACGCCUCAUUGAUGCAUCUAGCCGCCCUCGUCAUGUCGACGUGGGCUUUGCACGUCGACUCAACACCGUAUGCAGGUACCGAGGAACGCGCUCCGCGAUGCGAUCAUCGCAGCCGUCGUUCACGCUCGACAGGGCCGACCACAUUAAAUGUCACCGCAGUGCCGAGAUAUCACCACCAGGCCUUGCACAUGCGCAUCUGGCCAUCUCACACAAGCCGCUACCCGACGGACCCACAGCAUUGCUCGCCGACCGUCGCGUCUGCUCAGACGCAUGCUCUCGCAUGGCCAACGAACCCCAGCAGGACAUCAAAUCGACAUUGCGCGCUAUCCACGGAACGCAUCGCGGAGGCACACACAUUCGUGCGUUCGCGAAGUGAUGGCCUUGGGAGUUGGAUCAAAGGAAGCGAGAUCAUGUGCGCAGCUCGCGGGUCUCGAGCGCGUUGUGAUAUAUGAUCGUCGCGUCAGGUGGGCGUUCUGCUCGGAGUCUUACAGC